UGGAAACAUAUGGCAUCAAGAUCCCUCCUAUAUAAAGUUAUAAACUCUUGACCAAAAGCAUAUCAUCCAACACAAACAUAACAUCAAGUACUCUUCUCAUCUCACUUCUAUCUUUUCCCACAUAGGAGCUGAACUGAAAGGCAAAAAAAAAAAAACAUCAAUCAAGCAAGCAAGCAAACAAACAAACCCAAAGAAAUGGCUGGCUCCCCUCAUCCAAAAAUCCUUCACCACCAUCCUCUCCACUCUUUCUCCUUGAAAUCAACUUCAUCUUCUUCCACUCAUCAAUUGACCUCUUCCAAGCUCAAAAAUGUUCUUCAAACCUUCAUCUUCUCCCAUUUGUACCGCAUCCUUCGAGCCGUGGCGAAAGCGAAAUCCAUUGUCAUCCAAGUCCUCAAAGACAUUCAACUCUUGCAUUUCAACCUACAACAAUCCAUGAAAAAGAACAGCAAGAACCUCAAGAACAAGCUGUUUUUGGGCUCAUUCAGAAUGCAUUACAAUUGGUGCACACCUCAUGUUGUACCCGUCCCAAUGCCACAACAAUUUGGUGAUCAUAUUCAUAAAAAAGGCUAUAAUUACAACAAUUCAUCAUCAUUUUCAUCCAAUGAUUGGUACUAUGAUUCAUCUUGGAAUGUUAGCAACAAUGACAUUGGUUCAACAACAGAUUCUUCAUCUGGAGAGUUCAUGGUUGCUCAUCAAGAACUUCAUUCGUCGUCGGCCCGGCUUACCGGAUAUCUCCAAUGGCUUGAAGAAAGAGACGAUCAAGACAUUCAGCAUGACAAGGAUAUAGACAAGCUGGCUGACAUGUUCAUUGCAAAUUGCCAUGAGAAAUUCAGGUUGGAGAAGCAGGAGUCUUACAGGAGGUUUCAAGAAAUGAUGAACAGAAGUAUAUGAAAUACACAUUCCUUGAUUAUUCCCCACACAAAAAAAAAAAAAAAAAAGUUUCUUUUCCCUUUUACUCUUUGAAUUUUUGUCAAUGUUGUCACAUUUGGUGUGGGUAAAAGGAAGAAUCAGUGGGGAUGGAUCGAUGGUUCUUUUUUGGGUGAGAAAGUAGCCAUUUACUCCAAUGAUGAUGACUAGCAUAUGAACCUAAUUAAUUAAUUAUAAGUUAAUGAUACAUAUAUAAAGUUGUUAUUAUGGUAGUUUUAUAUCUUAGUUUUCUUUUUCCUUCCACUCCUCACCAUGAUUUGUAAAAUACUAUGGCUUUCAAUUUUGCUGGUUGGAACAAAUUGAAAUAUUUCGAUAUUCCGUAUCCAUUACUUUCAUUUGUACUACAAUCUUAA